AUGGUUUGCCUCAAGCAAGUCGCGGCCCUGGCCGCCGCAUCCUACGCAGCAGGGGCCUACGCCAGCGCCAUCCCCGACCUCGUCGGCGGCGACGGGUCCCCUCAGCCCUCGAUCCCCGCCCUUCGUGAGCGAAGCAACGGCAUCAGCAAGCGACAGACGGCCGGCGGCUUCAUCAACACGGCCGCCAACCCCAUCACCAGCGACUGCGGCGUGGCGGCGGAAUUCAGCCUGAACACGCUCGGCCAGCUCGUCGUCGGCAAUUCAGUCAUAUCCGUGAACCCGGGGACGCCCUUCAUCCCCCUCCGGCCCAUCAGCCCGCCAGGAAGCAUCACCGUCACCUUUGCUCUCCGCAACGGCGCGCUGACCUGGUCAAACCCGGCUUUCUUUGGCGGCCAGGCUGGGUUCUGCCAGGACGCGGCGGGCCAGGUGUAUGCUACCUUUGCUGACCCGACCGUGUCGUACCCAGCGAACUGCGCUCCCGUUCAACUCGGUCCCGUUGUUGCAUCCACUUGUGGAAACAACGGCGGCACCACCACGGCGUCCGGCAGCGUUACCACUGUCGGCAGCACCAUCGUCAGCACCGGCCCGGGCGGCAGCCUCACCACCACGGUCAGCAGCUUCACCACGACCGCCGCCCCGCCGUUUACCGUGCCGACGACGUCGGCCGUGGCCAACGGCACCCUCACCCUCCCGCCCGGCUUGUACACUGUAGCCGGUUUCGCCAACCCGGCAGGCGCCGUCUGCUCCAUCGUCUCCGAGUCGUGGAUCAUUGGGCAGACGACAUUGCUUUCCCCGCUUGCUACCGGCUCAGUCUAG